AUGCCUGAUCAUGACGGCGGCGUCCUCUUGAGCGCACAGAGCAAGCGCAGACGAGUGGACAUCGGCGUGAAGAGAGCAGUGUACGGCCGGCCGGGCAGGGACUCCGCGGACGCCAUGAACCACGACGCAGACUGCCAGCUGGUCGCCCACGGCAACGGCGGCGACAAGUCCAACGUGCUCCGCAAGCUGCUGAAGAGGGCCAACUCCUACGAAGACGCCAUGAUGCCCUUCCCCGGGGCCACCAUCAUCUCACAGCUGCUGAAGAGCAACAUCGGCAAGAACGGAGGCUGCGACUCCGGCUUCCAGGGCAGCGGGGCCAUGUCCAGCGGCGGCUCCGAGGUCCAGGGAGAGGACGUCUGCAGUAACUCGUCUCGGGACAGGGACAGCCCCUCUGACUGCCUGUCCCCGGGGCCGGUUCUGCCCCCCGCUUCCUCCUCCGCCUUCGGUCGCCCCCCCCCAGCCUCCCUGCUUAGCUCCCUGGCCCCCUCUCAGCCCCUGUCCUCCUUCGACCUGGACCGGCUCUCCAACGAGCACCUGAGAGCCAAACGAGCCCGAGUGGAGAACAUCAUCAGAGGCAUGAGUCACUCCCCGCUGGUCCGCAACAGCAGCGACGAUACGGGACGGGAGGAGGGUGGCUCGGAGCACCGGGACCCCCACCGGGACCCCCACCGGGACCCCCACCGGGACCCCCACCACGGCUCGUCCUUGCUGGGCUCCCCUGGGACACGGCGAGGGCUGAGUGCGGAGGUUUACCGCGAGAACAAGAGGAAGCAGCGUCUGCCACAGCAACAGCACAACUUCACCUCCAUCGUCUGCUCCAGACAAGAGCAGAGGCAGGAGGAGCGGAGGCAGCUGCGGCUACAGCUGGAGGACAUGCAGCUUUUGGAGCAAUAA